CUCUCAUCCCUCCCUGUCUGUUAUAUCCUUCAUGGUCCCACCAACAGUUUCCAGACAUGGGGCCAAGUUUCCUGCUUUGUGUGGCUGUCAGCCUAUUCAGAGUGGUCAGUGGAUCAUGCCCAGUGGGGCGGGAGUUCAUUACUGCCUUUAUGCCUAACUAUUUGCUGAGCUACCAACAUGGUCAGAGUCUUAAACUGGCCAUAACCACACAGGAUUAUCCAGCCAUUGUUCAAAUUCAGGUCAAUGCAAUCGGCUUCUCGACCUCAGUGAAAAUAGAGAAACAGAACACCAAAUGGAUCGGCAUACCUGGUACCGCUGAAAUUGGGGGUCCAGGAGCUUCCACCAAAACAGUGCAGGUCACCUCCAACUCUGACAUCUCGGUGGUGGCCUUCAACUACAAGUUCGCGACCGGAGACAGCAGUGUGGUCUUCCCGACUGACCAGCUGGGUACUGACUAUGUGGUCUUCACCCCCGAUGAGGGUCCAAGUCGCAUGCACAAGCUUAUGUCUAUUAUCAACGGCAAAGAGCCCAACAAGAUCACGAUCAUCCCUGUCUCCAACAUUAAUCUCAGUGGCGUGGAUUCCUGGAAGCAAAGAAAGGCGGUAAUUGUUACCAUGGACCCAUACCAGGUCUACCUCUACCAAAGCUACACCACUUUCACUGGGACCAGGGUAAAAGCUAAGCACCCUGUGGCAGUCCUGGGGGGACACGAGUGCAUUGCAGAUGGAGGCCGCUGCAAUCACGUAUACGAACAACUGCUACCAGUACAGAGCCUCUCCACCAAUUACCUGGUUCCUUCCAUGCACAUGACCCAAUCAACAGACUUUGUCAACAUUGUGGCCUCAGAGGACAACACUCUAGUGAAGAUCUUUGAGGGAAAGGUAUCCACUGCUAAAGAGCUGAAUGAGGGGCAGGUGUAUGUGAUAUCUGUCCAACCCAAUUAUCCGCUGAUCAUCAAAAGUGAUAAGAAGGUCAUGGUGAUGUACUUCAGCAACAACAAGCCCUAUGAUCCGUUCCUCACCAACAUCCUCCCAACGUCUGAUCUAGCCAAAGAGUGGUCGGUGGACACGCUGAGCAAAUUCAAGAGCACAUUGGUCAUUGUCUCCGAGGGGGAAGGGAUCAAAACCGUUAAAGUCUGUGAAAAAAAGAAUUGUGUGAAAUCUCUCCAAUGGACAUCAUUCAACUCAGACCCUAAGUACAUGUGGGUAAAUGUUCCAUUGGGAGAGCAGCAACAGCAUUUCUCCAUCAAAGGCGACUCCCUCAUGGCUGUUUACGUUUAUGGUGGCAUUCCAAGAGACGGCUACGCAACAACAGGAGUAUGUUCCAAAGGCACUGCACCACCCACUCCACCACCAGACCCAUGUGAGAAAGUCAAAUGCAGAGAAAAGGAAGAAUGUACAAAGGGAGUUUGUGUCCACAUCUCCAAAGCAACCUGCAGGGCCGUGGGCGACCCCCACUACCUCACCUUUGAUGGGGAGCGAUUUGACUUCCAGGGCACCUGCUCAUAUGUCAUGGCCACGGUUGUUAAAUCUGAUCCUGGCCUCAUCCCGUUCACUGUCCUGACCAAGAACAACCACAGAGGGAACAAGAGGGUGUCUUUCGUAAGGAGAGUCUCAGUCACGGUCUAUGGGCUGACUGUUGUGAUCAGCAGGCAUAAAGGGAAGGUUGAGGUGAAUGGUGAGAAUGUCUACCUGCCUGUGACCCUGGCCGGAGGAAACCUAACGGUGGUGUAUAGUGGCAGCUAUGCUGUUCUGAAGACAAACUUUGGCCUGAAGGUUAUGUACGACUGGAACAUGAAGUUCUACAUCACUGUCCCCAGCAGCUACUUCCGCACCCUGGGUGGGCUCUGUGGGAACUACAACGGGGAUCGCAAUGACGAGUUCACUAACCCCAAAGGUAACAAGGAACCCACAGUGGUGAAGUUUGCCCAGAGCUGGAGAACUGAAGAUGGCGACUUGUUCUGUCAUGAUGACUGCCAAGGGGAAUGUCCUAGCUGCACUCCGGCUCUCCAACAGAAAUACAAGGGAGAGAAGUCAUGUGGUCUCUUGGCCAAAAAAGACGGCCCAUUCGCCAGCUGCCACAAGGUCCUGGACCCAGGCAUGUUCAUGGACAACUGUGUCUAUGACGUCUGCAUCAAUAAAGGCAUCUAUCAGUUCCUCUGUGAGAACAUGAAAAGCUACACUGAUGCCUGUUUGGCCGAGGGGGUCAAAAUUAGCCCUGAGUGGAGGACAAUCACUGGAUGCUCACUGGAAUGUCCGUCAAACAGCUACUACGAGGCGUGUGGCACAGCUUGCCCUGCCUCUUGUUCAGAUCUAGAUGCCGAAGCAAAGUGCAAGGAACCCUGUGUGGAGACUUGUCAAUGCAACAAGGGCUUUGUCCUCAGUGGAGACAAAUGCGUCUCCAAGGGGAGCUGUGGCUGCUCUUAUGAAGGACGAUACUACCUGUCUGGAAUGAAGUUCUGGGAAGAUGACAAAUGCACAAAGCAGUGUGAAUGCAAUCCAGGAACAGCCAAGGUUGAAUGCAAAGCAACAGCAUGCAAGAAGUCAGAGAUGUGUGGCCUGCAGAGUGGUAAGAGAGAUUGCUACCCAACAUCUUAUGCCACUUGCCAAGGUUCAGGCGACCCCCACUACCGCACGUUUGAUGGCAAGAGGUUCGACUUCCAGGGAACGUGUACUUACGUUCUCUCCAAAUUGGUCAGCAAAGAUGACAAGUCUCUGGUGCCUUUUGAGGUGCUUGUAAAGAAUCAGAAUAGGGGGAGGAACACGGCAGUGUCUUACACAAAGACAGUCACCGUCAUUGUCUUCAAAAACAUCAUCACCAUGAGUAGGGACAACCCUGGCAAAGUAUUGGUCAACAACCAGUAUGUGAACUUGCCAUUUGAUGUAGAAGAUGGCCAACUGUCCAUCUUCCGCAGUGGGUAUUUCGGGGUGGUGAAGACCAAAUUUGGCCUGACACUGAAGUUCAACUGGAACAGCCACGUCUCCCUAACCCUCCCCAGCACCUACUCAAACCUCAUCGGAGGGCUCUGCGGAAACUGGAACGGCCAACGGAACGACGACCUCCUCAAACCAGACAAGAGCCCUGCCAACACCCCAACAGUAUUUGGGGACAGCUGGAAAGUGGGGAACGACCCUGGCUGCUCCAGCGACUGCAACGGCAAGAAGUGCCCCACCUGUGACCACAGCCUAAUGCUUGAUUACCAAACAGGGAAGUACUGCGGCAGGAUCACAGACAAAAACGGUCCGUUCAAGCACUGCCACACCAAGGUGGACCCCACAGAGUACUAUGAGGACUGUGUGUUUGAUAUGUGUCUGUACCGUGGCCAUGCCUCUGCCCUCUGUAACGCCCUCAGCACCUACACCACUGCCUGCCAGGAUGCCCCUGCCAAGGUGGAACAGUGGAGAUCAGACAGCUUCUGUCCAUCUUCCUGCAAGGUCAACAGCCACUAUGAGGUGUGUGCCUCAGGCUGCCCCCAGACCUGCAGUGGCCUCGAUGAGCCUGAGAGCUGUUGGAACUCCCUGUGCACCGAGGGCUGUGUCUGUGACGACGGCUUCAUACAGAGCGACAGCGAGUGUGUGCCGCUGGCUGAAUGUGGCUGCAUUCACCAAGGCCAAUACUACCAGAUGGGCCAGGUGUUCUUCCCCAGCAGCCAGUGCAAAGAGCGCUGUGUGUGUAAAAAGGAUGGACACAUGGAGUGUAAUGUGAAGUUUGCCUGCGGUCCCAAUGAGAAGUGCCAGGUCCAAGACGGGGUGCAGGCUUGUAUACCCAUGAGCACGGGCACCUGCCAUGUGAGCGGGGCCAGGAGAUUCCACUCGUUCGAUGGCAGCUGCUUCAACCUACACGGGGACUGUGUGUACAAAAUGUCGGAGGUUGUGGAGAAAGACGGAUCGAUGGCUCCGUUUGUUGUGUCAGUGCAGCAGUUGACCAAGAUGGAUGAUGCAAUGGUCACCAGGAGGGUUGAAAUACAGGCCUACAAAUACAAGAUAUCUAUGUCUCCCAGAGUUAUAUGGGAAAUAACGGUGGAUGACGUUGCAACAAAUCUCCCGCUGUCACUCGGAGAUGGAAAGGUCAGGGCCUACCAGAACGGCAUUAACAUCAUCGUGGUAACAGACUUUGGCUUGAUGGUGACCUACGACACCGUUGCUGGCGCCAUCAUACAGCUUCCAUCCACUUACAAAGGUGUUACCGGUGGUCUCUGUGGCAACUAUAAUGACAAGAAGGAGGAUGACUUCCUGCUGCCCAGUGGCCUGCAGGAGCCGUCUGUGGAGAAGUUUGCAGCGGGGUGGUUAGUGGUUCAGGAAGGGGUCAAAUGUCAGACAGGAUGUGACGGUGGCUUGAAGUGUCCUCCCACCAGUGGACCCCCGCGGCUUGUAGCAUCAUAAAGACCCAAGGGUCCAUUUGCCCAAUGCCAUGCUGUUGUGCCACCACAAGAGCACUUUGAGGAGUGCACGAAGGAGGGAGAGGGUGGGGAUGCCCUGUGCCGCCACUUACAGACGUAUGUGACUUUCUGUCAGGCAUCCGGUGGCCUUGUCAGCAGCUGGAGAUCUGACCAGUUUUGUCCUCUGACGUGUCCAGCUAACAGUCACUAUGAGUUGUGUGCCGACACCUGUUCUUCCACCUGUGACUCUCUGAGUGAGUCUCCCAAAUGCCCACUAUGCCAGGAGGGCUGCCAGUGUGAUGACGGCUUUGUGUUUGAUGGGGGCAAGUGUGUCCUACUGGAGAACUGUGGCUGUGUGGUUGAUGGACACUAUUACAGGUCUGGCCAGUCUGUGAUGCUGGGCAACUGUUCUGAGACCUGCAGCUGUGCAGCAGGAGUAUUCACCUGCAAGAACUCACAGUGCAAAGAGGGUCAGCAAUGUGGGUUGAAGAAUGGAGUCAUGGACUGCUACAGCACAGACCCCUGUGAGGAUACUGAAUGCCGUGAGAAGGAAAACUGUGUGGUGAAGAACAAUAAGGUGGUAUGUGUGGCCCAGUCCAAGGCCACCUGCAGGGCCGUGGGCGACCCCCACUACCUCACCUUUGAUGGGGAGCGAUUUGACUUCCAGGGCACCUGCUCAUAUGUCAUGGCCACGGUUGUUAAAUCUGAUCCUGGCCUCAUCCCGUUCACUGUCCUGACCAAGAACAACCACAGAGGGAACAAGAGGGUGUCUUUCGUAAGGAGAGUCUCAGUCACGGUCUAUGGGCUGACUGUUGUGAUCAGCAGGCAUAAAGGGAAGGUUGAGGUGAAUGGUGAGAAUGUCUACCUGCCUGUGACCCUGGCCGGAGGAAACCUAACGGUGGUGUAUAGUGGCAGCUAUGCUGUUCUGAAGACAAACUUUGGCCUGAAGGUUAUGUACGACUGGAACAUGAAGUUCUACAUCACUGUCCCCAGCAGCUACUUCCGCACCCUGGGUGGGCUCUGUGGGAACUACAACGGGGAUCGCAAUGACGAGUUCACUAACCCCAAAGGUAACAAGGAACCCACAGUGGUGAAGUUUGCCAAGAGCUGGAGAACUGAAGAUGGCGACUUGUUCUGUCAUGAUGACUGCCAAGGGGAAUGUCCUAGCUGCACUCCGGCUCUCCAACAGAAAUACAAGGGAGAGAAGUCAUGUGGUCUCUUGGCCAAAAAAGACGGCCCAUUCGCCAGCUGCCACAAGGUCCUGGACCCAGGCAUGUUCAUGGACAACUGUGUCUAUGACGUCUGCAUCAAUAAAGGCAUCUAUCAGUUCCUCUGUGAGAACAUGAAAAGCUACACUGAUGCCUGUUUGGCCGAGGGGGUCAAAAUUAGCCCUGAGUGGAGGACAAUCACUGGAUGCUCACUGGAAUGUCCGUCAAACAGCUACUACGAGGCGUGUGGCACAGCUUGCCCUGCCUCUUGUUCAGAUCUCGAUGCUGAAGCAAAGUGCAAGGAACCCUGUGUGGAGACUUGUCAAUGCAACAAGGGCUUUGUCCUCAGUGGAGACAAAUGCGUCUCCAAGGGGAGCUGUGGCUGCUCUUAUGAAGGACGAUACUACCUGUCUGGAAUGAAGUUCUGGGAAGAUGACAAAUGCACAAAGCAGUGUGAAUGCAAUCCAGGAACAGCCAAGGUUGAAUGCAAAGCAACAGCAUGCAAGAAGUCAGAGAUGUGUGGCCUGCAGAGUGGUAAGAGAGAUUGCUACCCAACAUCUUAUGCCACUUGCCAAGGUUCAGGCGACCCCCACUACCGCACGUUUGAUGGCAAGAGGUUCGACUUCCAGGGAACAUGUACUUACGUUCUCUCCAAAUUGGUCAGCAAAGAUGACAAGUCUCUGGUGCCUUUUGAGGUGCUUGUAAAGAAUCAGAAUAGGGGGAGGAACACGGCAGUGUCUUACACAAAGACAGUCACCGUCAUUGUCUUCAAAAACAUCAUCACCAUGAGUAGGGACAACCCUGGCAAAGUAUUGGUCAACAACCAGUAUGUGAACUUGCCAUUUGAUGUAGAAGAUGGCCAACUGUCCAUCUUCCGCAGUGGGUAUUUCGGGGUGGUGAAGACCAAAUUUGGCCUGACACUGAAGUUCAACUGGAACAGCCACGUCUCCCUAACCCUCCCCAGCACCUACUCAAACCUCAUUGGAGGGCUCUGCGGAAACUGGAACGGCCAACGGAACGACGACCUCCUCAAACCAGACAAGAGCCCUGCCAACACCCCAACAGUAUUUGGGGACAGCUGGAAAGUGGGGAACGACCCUGGCUGCUCCAGCGACUGCAACGGCAAGAAGUGCCCCACCUGUGACCACAGCCUAAUGCUUGAUUACCAAACAGGGAAGUACUGCGGCAGGAUCACAGACAAAAACGGUCCGUUCAAGCACUGCCACACCAAGGUGGACCCCACAGAGUACUAUGAGGACUGUGUGUUUGAUAUGUGUCUGUACCGUGGCCAUGCCUCUGCCCUCUGUAACGCCCUCAGCACCUACACCACUGCCUGCCAGGAUGCCCCUGCCAAGGUGGAACAGUGGAGAUCAGACAGCUUCUGUCCAUCUUCCUGCAAGGUCAACAGCCACUAUGAGGUGUGUGCCUCAGGCUGCCCCCAGACCUGCAGUGGCCUCGAUGAGCCUGAGAGCUGUUGGAACUCCCUGUGCACCGAGGGCUGUGUCUGUGACGACGGCUUCAUACAGAGCGACAGCGAGUGUGUGCCGCUGGCUGAAUGUGGCUGCAUUCACCAAGGCCAAUACUACCAGAUGGGCCAGGUGUUCUUCCCCAGCAGCCAGUGCAAAGAGCGCUGUGUGUGUAAAAAGGAUGGACACAUGGAGUGUAAUGUGAAGUUUGCCUGCGGUCCCAAUGAGAAGUGCCAGGUCCAAGACGGGGUGCAGGCUUGUAUACCCAUGAGCACGGGCACCUGCCAUGUGAGCGGGGCCAGGAGAUUCCACUCGUUCGAUGGCAGCUGCUUCAACCUACACGGGGACUGUGUGUACAAAAUGUCGGAGGUUGUGGAGAAAGACGGAUCGAUGGCUCCGUUUGUUGUGUCAGUGCAGCAGUUGACCAAGAUUGAUGAUGCAAUGGUCACCAGGAGGGUUGAAAUACAGGCCUACAAAUACAAGAUAUCUAUGUCUCCCAGAGUUAUAUGGGAAAUAACGGUGGAUGACGUUGCAACAAAUCUCCCGCUGUCACUCGGAGAUGGAAAGGUCAGGGCCUACCAGAACGGCAUUAACAUCAUCGUGGUAACAGACUUUGGCUUGAUGGUGACCUACGACACCGUUGCUGGCGCCAUCAUACAGCUUCCAUCCACUUACAAAGGUGUUACCGGUGGUCUCUGUGGCAACUAUAAUGACAAGAAGGAGGAUGACUUCCUGCUGCCCAGUGGGCUGCAGGAGCCGUCUGUGGAGAAGUUUGCAGCGGGGUGGUUAGUGGUUCAGGAAGGGGUCAAAUGUCAGACAGGAUGUGACGGUGGCUUGAAGUGUCCUCCCACCAGUGGACCCCCGCCGGCUUGUAGCAUCAUAAAGUCACCCAAGGGUCCAUUUGCCCAAUGCCAUGCUGUUGUGCCACCACAAGAGCACUUUGAGGAGUGCACGAAGGAGGGAGAGGGUGGGGAUGCCCUGUGCCGCCACUUACAGACGUAUGUGACUUUCUGUCAGGCAUCCGGUGGCCUUGUCAGCAGCUGGAGAUCUGACCAGUUUUGUCCUCUUACGUGUCCAGCUAACAGUCACUAUGAGUUGUGUGCCGACACCUGUUCUUCCACCUGUGACUCUCUGAGUGAGUCUCCCAAAUGCCCACUAUGCCAGGAGGGCUGCCAGUGUGAUGACGGCUUUGUGUUUGAUGGGGGCAAGUGUGUCCUACUGGAGAACUGUGGCUGUGUGGUUGAUGGACACUAUUACAGGUCUGGCCAGUCUGUGAGGCUUGGCAACUGUUCUGAGACCUGCAGCUGUGCAGCAGGAUUAUUCACCUGCAAGAACUCACAGUGCAAAGAGGGUCAGCAAUGUGGGUUGAAGAAUGGAGUCAUGGACUGCUACAGCACAAACCCCUGUGAGGAUACUGAAUGCCGUGAGAAGGAAAACUGUGUAGUGAAGAACAAUAAGGCGGUAUGUGUGGCCCAGUCCAAGGCCUACUGCUGGGCUUUCGGUGACCCUCAUUACAGCACAUUCGACGGCCAGUCAUUCUCCUUCAUGGGCACCUGCUCCUACAUUCUGGUGAAUACGACCGGCAAAGAUCCCACCCUGCCUCAGUUCAGCAUCCUGACCAAGAACGAGCUGCGCGGCAACUCAGAGGGCUCCUUCGUCAAGUCAGCCAACAUAGAACUGAGUGGUCACAGGAUCACCAUUCUCAGUGGCCAAAGAGGGACAGUGGAGAUUGAUGGCAUUAGGUCUGCCCUCCCUUUGAGUUUGGAGUCUGACAGCAUCAGAAUCACAGAGUCUGGUAUUCGAGGGACCAUCCAGUCAGCUGUUGGCCUGGAGAUCACUUUUGACUGGACCAGCCUCUUGAUGGUGACCAUCAGCAGCAGUUACUACGACAACCUCGGUGGUAUCUGUGGCAACUACAAUGGUAACAAAGCAGAUGACUUCACCACUCCCACAGGUGUGCUUUCAUCAAAUACCACGGCGUGGGUGGCAUCCUGGAGUGUUGCCGACGGUGACCCAUUCUGCUGGCACGUCUGUAACAGCAACUGCCCCACAUGCUCAGAUUCAGACCGGGCACUUUACACUGGACCAAAGUACUGUGGUUUGAUGACAGACAGAGGGGGCCCAUUUGAACAGUGUCAUAAGAAUGUGCCGGUGAAGGAGUUUGCUUCAAACUGCCUCUAUGAUGUGUGUCUGAAUGAGGGUCGACAGGAAGUGUUGUGUGAGACCUUGGCUAACUACGUGGCCGAAUGUCAGCAGGCUGGGGCUGUUGUCUCACCACUGUGGAGAAAGGCCUCCAACUGCCCCCUGGACUGCCCAUACCACAGCCACUAUGAGCUAUGUGGCACUGCCUGCCCUGCUACCUGUGCCAAUCUCAAUGUCCCAGAGAUCUGUUCCAAAGUCUGUGUGGAGGGCUGCCAGUGCGACAAGGGUUACGUGCUCAGCGGUGAACACUGUGUCGUCAAGGAGACAGGGUGUGGCUGUACACACAAUGACCACUACUACCUGCCCGAAGAAACCUUCUGGGAGGGAAACACAUGCCAGAGUAAGUGUGUGUGCGACGGAGCCACACAGAAGGUGGUGUGUAUGCCUAGGAAGUGCAAGGUUAGUGAGCACUGUGCGGUGGUCAAUGGGGUUCAGGACUGCUACCCCCUCAGCUUCAAGACCUGCUCAGCCAAGGGGGACCCCCACUUCCGCACCUUUGAUGGGAAGCGCUUCGACUUCCAGGGAAACUGUAUCUACAAGCUGGCGGGGGUCUGCUCCAAAGAUCCUGAUCUGGAGAGCUUUGAGGUGACUCUGGAGAACAACAACAGGGGCAGCACCAGAGUCUCCUACGCCAAGGUGGUGACUGUCAUUGUGUUGGGAAGUAGUUACACCGUCACAGGUGAUUAUCACGGCAAAGUCCUGGUGGACAAUGUCCUGACACCUCUGCCAUACUACUCCAACAACACUGAGGUUCAGAUCUACAGAAACAGACGUUUUGCUGUUCUGGAGACUCAUUUCGGUCUCAAGGUCUCCUUCGACUGGUCCAGCAAUGUGAGGGUGAAGGUCCCGAGCACCUACCACAACGCCAUCUGUGGUCUCUGUGGCAACUUCAAUGACAACCCUGAUGACGACCUGCUUUUGCCCAACGGGAAAAAGCCCAUGAGUCCCAAGGAGUUUGGAAACAGUUACUGGGUAGCUGACGUACCGGGCUGCUCCCACGAGUGCAAAGAUUGUGCCGUUGUAGACAUCCCCCUUAUAAAGCCCAAAUAUGUCAGCGCCUGUGAUGUCAUUGUGGAUAAAAGUGGUCCCCUCAGAGACUGCAUUGGUAGAGUGGACUCUGAUGAGUACAAAGAAGACUGCAUCUAUGACAUGAUCCUCAACAACGGCCUACUGACGGCAGCCUGUGACAUCAUCACCAACUAUGUAGAAGAGUGUCAGGAGAAGGGAGGGAAAAUUGGUGCCUGGAGGAGUAAAGACUUCUGCCACCUCCCCUGUCCAGAGAACAGUGUCUACAGCCUCUCGGCCUCCGGGUGCCCGGCCACAUGCUAUUCCAUGACCUCCGCCCCAGGAUGCACCACUCCUCCAGGGGAGGGCUGUCAAUGCAAACCUGGUUUCCUGCUGAGUGAUGACAAGUGUGUCCACAUGAAGAACUGUGGCUGUCACCACAAGGGUCGCUACUUUGUGUCCGGCGAGGUCUUCUACAAGGAGAACUGCCACCACCGCUGCAGCUGUACCUCCGGCGAGAUGGCCUGUGAGGUGGCGCCCUGCGGUCCGAAGACCACGUGUGCGGUGGUGAAGGGGGUCAGGGGCUGUUACAUUAUCAGUAGCACAGAUUCAAACAACCAGUCAUGGAUCGAAAAACUUCUUAACAAAUAUGUUAAACCUGUACAUAUCAAGUUUGGAGCAACAAAUGCGGACACAUCAGGAACACCAGGCCACCAAAAGCACUGUAGCACAAAGACCAGGGUCCCACAGGCGCCCGGGUGGCAGGCAAGCCUGGAGGAGUGGGACCGUGGAACGGACGGCUUCAGGAAUGAACAUCCGGUUAUCAAGGCUCCCCCGGGUUUCGGCUGGGGACGAUGCAUCUCACGGACCUGCAUCCCUACUUCCCAGCUGAGUGCCAGAUGGAUCAUAGGGCUACAGCGGCGGGACAGUGCAUCUGGCUUGGCAUUCUUGGAUCCCAGCCAGUAUGAGAGGGAGAAGUUGAACCGUGCGUUGAAGGACCUGCCGGACGUGGAGCACGUGUUCUUGAGGGGAGUGGGAGAAGAUGAGGAUGUCAAUGUAGACGAAGAUGAACCGGUUCAACAUGUCGCGGAGGACAUAAUUUACCAGAGCCUGGAACACAGCAGGGGCGUUGACAACAAGCUCAACUGCCAGCUCUUUGAGAACGGGGCCAGACUCAACACUGAAAAGUGUAUGUUCAGGGUGUCAGACGUUGAGUUUCUUGGAUACAAGCUCUCCAGCCAGGGCAUCACCCCCAUCCUGUCCCAUGUGGAUGCCAUUCUCACAUUCCCUGAGCCUCAGCCCACAGCACAGCUAGCGUCAUUCCUCGGCAUGCCAGAGGUACCAUGGGAAGGUGUGAUGGGCAAUGACAUCACCACUAUGGAGUUGGACAGCAGGGGGCGCUAUGAGCUGGAGAGUGAAGUGACCCUGAGGCUGAACAGCACUCUGACUGUUACAGCCAAGCUGAGACUGAGGGUUCUGGACCAGAGUUUUACUAAGUCUCUCACACUCCACCCACCACCAGGCUCUGAUUCCGAGUGUUCAGAAUCACUGAAAGUAUGGACAGCCAUACCUUCUGCCCGAGACGAUACCGGGGAGCCGGGGUCCGCUUGUCAUCGAUACCUGGAGGUGGUCUUGAGAAGGGCCGACCGGGCUCUCAUCCAGGACAGCCCCCACACCGACAUCCAAAACAUCAGCCUCCACCACAAACUUGCGGGACGGGUCAGGAUAAACCAAGAUGGGAGCUGUGAAGUGGUGUUUGAGAUCCCGGUCAGCAGCUGGGGACCAUGUGAAUGGAACCUUGGGAGAGUGGUCAGUGGAUCAUGCCCAGUGGGGCGGGAGUUCAUUACUGCCUUUAUGCCUAACUAUUUGCUGAGCUUCCAAGAGGAUCAGAGUCUUAAACUGGCCAUAACCACACAGGAUUAUCCAGCCAUUGUUCAAAUUCAGGUCAAUGCAAUCGGCUUCUCGACCUCAGUGAAAAUAGAGAAACAGAACACCAAAUGGAUCGGCAUACCUGGUACCGCUGAAAUUGGGGGUCCAGGAGCUUCCACCAAAACAGUGCAGGUCACCUCCAACUCUGACAUCUCGGUGGUGGCCUUCAACUACAAGUUCUCGACCGGAGACAGCAGUGUGGUCUUCCCGACUGACCAGCUGGGUACUGACUAUGUGGCCUUCACCCCUGUAGGGGGUCCAAGCAACAUGCACAAGCUUAUGUCUAUUAUCAACGGCAAAGAGCCCAACAAGAUCACGAUCAUCCCUGUCUCCAACAUGAAUCUCAGUGGCGUGGAUUCCUGGAAGCAAAGAACGGCGAUGAUUGUUACCAUGGAACCAUACCAGGUCUACCUCUACCAAAGCUACACCACUUUCACUGGGACCAGGGUAAAAGCUAAGCACCCUGUGGCAGUCCUGGGGGGACACGAGUGCAUUGCAGAUGGAGGCCGCUGCAAUCACGUUUACGAACAACUGCUACCGGUACAGAGCCUCUCCACCAAUUACCUGGUUCCUUCCAUGCACAUGACCGCAUCAACAGACUUUGUCAACAUUGUGGCCUCAGAGGACAACACUCUAGUGAAGAUCUUUGAGGGAAAGUCCGACACGCAGGGCAAAUUCGAGAGCACAUUGGUCAUUGUCUCCGAGGGGGAAGGGAUCAAAACCGUUAAAGUCUGUGAAAAAAAUAAUUGUGUGAAAUCUCUCGAAUGGACAUCAUUCAACUCAGACCCUAAGUACAUGUGGGUAAAUGUUCCAUUGGGAGAGCAGCAACAGCAUUUCUCCAUCAAAGGCGACUCCCUCAUGGCUGUUUACGUUUAUGGUGGCAUUCCAAGAGACGGCUACGCAACAACAGGACUUUGUACCAAAGACACUGCACCACCCUCUCCACCACCAGACCCAUGUGAGAAAGUCAAAUGCAGAGAAAAGGAAGAAUGUACAAAGGGGGUUUGUGCCCACAUCUCCAAAGCAAUCUGCAGGGCCGUGGGCGACCCCCACUACCUCACCUUUGAUGGGGAGCGAUUUGACUUCCAGGGCACCUGCUCUUACAUCAUGGCCACGGUUGUUAAAUCUGAACCUGGCCUCAUCCCGUUCGCUGUCCUGACCAAGAACAACCACAGAGGGAACAAGAGGGUGUCUUUCGUAAGGAACGUCUCAGUCACAGUCUAUGGGCUGACUGGGGUGAUGAGCACGCAUAAAGGGAAGGUUGAGGUGAAUGGUGAGAAUGUCUACCUGCCUGUGACCCUGGCCGGAGGAAACCUAACGGUGGUGUAUAGUGGCAGCUAUGCUGUUCUGAAGACAAACUUUGGCCUGAAGGUUAUGUACGACUGGAACAUGAAGUUCUACAUCACUGUCCCCAGCAGCUACUUCCGCACCCUGGGUGGGCUCUGUGGGAACUACAACGGGGAUCGCAAUGACGAGUUCACUAACCCCAAAGGUAACAAGGAACCCACAGUGGUGAAGUUUGCCCAGAGCUGGAGAACUGAAGACGGCGACUUGUUCUGUCAUGAUGACUGCCAAGGGGAAUGUCCUAGCUGCACUCCGGCUCUCCAACAGAAAUACAAGGGAGAGAAGUCAUGUGGUCUCUUGGCCAAAAAAGACGGCCCAUUCGCCAGCUGCCACAAGGUACAUUUGCAGAAUGUAUUAGGACUACAUUUAAUUUGGGGGUCUCCGGGAUUCUUCGGAGGCGAGGUGGGAAUCGAGCACGACAGGUCACAGGAUGGUCAAGGCUAUGAGGGAGUCAAGAUGCAUGGGCAGCUCCCGGGCUGGAGACAGUAUUGUGGAGCUGGUCUGAAUCUGCUGGUUCCGUCAUGGCCAGUUGGUACCAUCACGUUUCAGACACCCUCUCAUCCCUGUCUGUCUGUUAUAUCCUUCAUGGUCCCACCAACAGCCAUGGGGACAACUUUCCUGCUUUGUGUGGCUGUCACCCUAUUCAUAGUGGUCAGUGGAUCAUGCCCAGUGGGGCGGGAGUUCAUUACUGCCUUUAUGCCUAACUAUUUGCUGAGCUUCCAAGAGGAUCAGAGUCUUAAACUGGCCAUAACCACACAGGAUUAUCCAGCCAUUGUUCAAAUUCAGGUCAAUGCAAUCGGCUUCUCGACCUCAGUGAAAAUAGAGAAACAGAACACCAAAUGGAUCGGCAUACCUGGUACCGCUGAAAUUGGGGGUCCAGGAGCUUCCACCAAAACAGUGCAGGUCACCUCCAACUCUGACAUCUCGGUGGUGGCCUUCAACUACAAGUUCUCGACCGGAGACAGCAGUGUGGUCUUCCCGACUGACCAGCUGGGUACUGACUAUGUGGCCUUCACCCCUGUAGGGGGUCCAAGCAACAUGCACAAGCUUAUGUCUAUUAUCAACGGCAAAGAGCCCAACAAGAUCACGAUCAUCCCUAUUUCCAACAUGAAUCUCAGUGGCGUGGAUUCCUGGAAGCAAAGAAAGGCGAUGAUUGUUACCAUGGAACCAUACCAGGUCUACCUCUACCAAAGCUACACCACUUUUACUGGGACCAGGGUAAAAGCUAAGCACCCUGUGGCAGUCCUGGGGGGACACGAGUGCAUUGCAGAUGGAGGCCGCUGCAAUCACGUUUACGAACAACUGCUACCGGUACAGAGCCUCUCCACCAAUUACCUGGUUCCUUCCAUGCACAUGACCGAAUCAACAGACUUUGUCAACAUUGUGGCCUCAGAGGACAACACUCUAGUGAAGAUCUUUGAGGGAAAGGUAUCCACUGCUAAAGAGCUGAAUGAGGGGCAGGUGUAUGUGAUAUCUGUCCAACCCAAAUAUCCGCUGAUCAUCAAAAGUGAUAAGAAGGUCAUGGUGAUGUACUUCAGCAACAACAAGCCCUAUGAUCCGUUCCUCACCAACAUCCUCCCAACGUCUGAUCUAGCCAAAGAGUGGUCGGUGGACACGCUGAGCAAAUUCGAGAGCACAUUGGUCAUUGUCUCCGAGGGGGAAGGGAUCAAAACCGUUAAAGUCUGUGAAAAAAAGAAUUGUGUGAAAUCUCUCCAAUGGACAUCAUUCAACUCAGACCCUAAGUACAUGUGGGUAAAUGUUCCAUUGGGAGAGCAGCAACAGCAUUUCUCCAUCAAAGGUGACUCCCUCAUGGCUGUUUACGUUUAUGGUGGCAUGCCAAGAGACGGCUACGCAACAACAGGAGUAUGUUCCAAAGACACUGCACCACCCACUCCACCACCAGACCCAUGUGAGAAAGUCAAAUGCAGAGAAAAGGAAGAAUGUACAAAGGGGGUUUGUGCCCACAUCUCCAAAGCAAUCUGCAGGGCCGUGGGCGACCCCCACUACCUCACCUUUGAUGGGGAGCGAUUUGACUUCCAGGGCACCUGCUCUUACAUCAUGGCCACGGUUGUUAAAUCUGAACCUGGCCUCAUUCCGUUCGCUGUCCUGACCAAGAACAACCACAGAGGGAACAAGAGGGUGUCUUUCGUAAGGAAAGUCUCAGUCACAGUCUAUGGGCUGACUGUGGUGAUGAGCACGCAUAAAGGGAAGGUUGAGGUGAAUGGUGAGAAUGUCUACCUGCCUGUGACCCUGGCCGGAGGAAACCUAACGGUGGUGUAUAGUGGCAGCUAUGCUGUUCUGAAGACAAACUUUGGCCUGAAGGUUAUGUACGACUGGAACAUGAAGUUCUACAUCACUGUCCCCAGCAGCUACUUCCGCACCCUGGGUGGGCUCUGUGGGAACUACAACGGGGAUCGCAAUGACGAGUUCACUAACCCCAAAGGUAACAAGGAACCCACAGUGGUGAAGUUUGCCCAGAGCUGGAGAACUGAAGAUGGCGACUUGUUCUGUCAUGAUGACUGCCAAGGGGAAUGUCCUAGCUGCACUCCGGCUCUCCAACAGAAAUACAAGGGAGAGAAGUCAUGUGGUCUCUUGGCCAAAAAAGACGGCCCAUUCGCCAGCUGCCACAAGGUCCUGGACCCAGGCAUGUUCAUGGACAACUGUGUCUAUGACGUCUGCAUCAAUAAAGGCAUCUAUCAGUUCCUCUGUGAGAACAUGAAAAGCUACACUGAUGCCUGUUUGGCCGAGGGGUCAAAAUUAGCCCUGACACUGGAAUGUCCGUCAAACAGCUACUACGAGGCGUGUGGCACAGCUUGCCCUGCCUCUUGUUCAGAUCUAAAUGCCGAAGCAAAGUGCAAGGAACCCUGUGUGGAGACUUGUCAAUGCAACAAGGGCUUUGUCCUCAGUGGAGACAAAUGCGUCUCCAAGGGGAGCUGUGGCUGCUCUUAUGAAGGACGAUACUACCUGUCUGGAAUGAAGUUCUGGGAAGAUGACAAAUGCACAAAGCAGUGUGAAUGCAAUCCAGGAACAGCCAAGGUUGAAUGCAAAGCAACAGCAUGCAAGAAGUCAGAGAUGUGUGGCCUGCAGAGUGGUAAGAGAGAUUGCUACCCAACAUCUUAUGCCACUUGCCAAGGUUCAGGCGACCCCCACUACCGCACGUUUGAUGGCAAGAGGUUCGACUUCCAGGGAACAUGUACUUACGUUCUCUCCAAAUUGGUCAGCAAAGAUGACAAGUCUCUGGUGCCUUUUGAGGUGCUUGUAAAGAAUCAGAAUAGGGGGAGGAACACGGCAGUGUCUUACACAAAGACAGUCACCGUCAUUGUCUUCAAAAACAUCAUCACCAUGAGUAGGGACAACCCUGGCAAAGUAUUGGUCAACAACCAGUAUGUGAACUUGCCAUUUGAUGUAGAAGAUGGCCAACUGUCCAUCUUCCGCAGUGGGUAUUUCGGGGUGGUGAAGACCAAAUUUGGCCUGACACUGAAGUUCAACUGGAACAGCCACGUCUCCCUAACCCUCCCCAGCACCUACUCAAACCUCAUCGGAGGGCUCUGCGGAAACUGGAACGGCCAACGGAACGACGACCUCCUCAAACCAGACAAGAGCCCUGCCAACACCCCAACAGUAUUUGGGGACAGCUGGAAAGUGGGGAACGACCCUGGCUGCUCCAGCGACUGCAACGGCAAGAAGUGCCCCACCUGUGACCACAGCCUAAUGCUUGAUUACCAAACAGGCAAGUACUGCGGCAGGAUCACAGACAAAAACGGUCCGUUCAAGCACUGCCACACCAAGGUGGACCCCACAGAGUACUAUGAGGACUGUGUGUUUGAUAUGUGUCUGUACCGUGGCCAUGCCUCUGCCCUCUGUAACGCCCUCAGCACCUACACCACUGCCUGCCAGGAUGCCCCUGCCAAGGUGGAACAGUGGAGAUCAGACAGCUUCUGUCCAUCUUCCUGCAAGGUCAACAGCCACUAUGAGGUGUGUGCCUCAGGCUGCCCCCAGACCUGCAGUGGCCUCGAUGAGCCUGAGAGCUGUUGGAACUCCCUGUGCACCGAGGGCUGUGUCUGUGACGACGGCUUCAUACAGAGCGACAGCGAGUGUGUGCCGCUGGCUGAAUGUGGCUGCAUUCACCAAGGCCAAUACUACCAGAUGGGCCAGGUGUUCUUCCCCAGCAGCCAGUGCAAAGAGCGCUGUGUGUGUAAAAAGGAUGGACACAUGGAGUGUAAUGUGAAGUUUGCCUGCGGUCCCAAUGAGAAGUGCCAGGUCCAAGACGGGGUGCAGGCUUGUAUACCCAUGAGCACGGGCACCUGCCAUGUGAGCGGGGCCAGGAGAUUCCACUCGUUCGAUGGCAGCUGCUUCAACCUACACGGGGACUGUGUGUACAAAAUGUCGGAGGUUGUGGAGAAAGACGGAUCGAUGGCUCCAUUUGUUGUAUCAGUGCAGCAGUUGACCAAGAUUGAUGAUGCAAUGGUCACCAGGAGGGUUGAAAUACAGGCCUACAAAUACAAGAUAUCUAUGUCUCCCAGAGUUAUAUGGGAAAUAACGGUGGAUGACGUUGCAACAAAUCUCCCACUGUCACUCAGAGAUGGAAUGGUCAGGGCCUACCAGAACGGCAUUAACAUCAUCGUGGUAACAGACUUUGGCUUGAUGGUGACCUACGACACCGUUGCUGGCGCCAUCAUACAGCUUCCAUCCACUUACAAAGGUGUUACCGGUGGUCUCUGUGGCAACUAUAAUGACAAGAAGGAGGAUGACUUCCUGCUGCCCAGUGGCCUGCAGGAGCCGUCUGUGGAGAAGUUUGCAGCGGGGUGGUUAGUGGUUCAGGAAGGGGUCAAAUGUCAGACAGGAUGUGACGGUGGCUUGAAGUGUCCCCCCACCAGUGGACCCCCGCCGGCUUGUAGCAUCAUAAAGUCACCCAAGGGUCCAUUUGCCCAAUGCCAUGCUGUUGUGCCACCACAAGAGCACUUUGAGGAGUGCACGAAGGAGGGAGAGGGUGGGGAUGCCCUGUGCCGCCACUUACAGACGUAUGUGACUUUCUGUCAGGCAUCCGGUGGCCUUGUCAGCAGCUGGAGAUCUGACCAGUUUUGUCCUCUGACGUGUCCAGCUAACAGUCACUAUGAGUUGUGUGCCGACACCUGUUCUUCUACCUGUGACUCUCUGAGUGAGUCUCCCAAAUGCCCACUAUGCCAGGAGGGCUGCCAGUGUGAUGACGGCUUUGUGUUUGAUGGUGGCAAGUGUGUCCUACUGGAGAACUGUGGCUGUGUGGUUGAUGGACACUAUUACAAGUCUGGCCAGUCUGUGAUGCUGGGCAACUGUUCUGAGACCUGCAGCUGUGCAGCAGGAGUAUUCACCUGCAAGAACUCACAGUGCAAAGAGGGUCAGCAAUGUGGGUUGAAGAAUGGAGUCAUGGAUUGCUACAGCACAGACCCCUGUGAGGAUACUGAAUGCCGUGAGAAGGAAAACUGUGCGGUGAUGAACAAUAAGGCGGUUUGUGUGGCCCAGUCCAAGGCCACCUGCUGGUUGUUCGGUGACCCUCAUUACAGCACGUUCGACGGCCAGCCAUUCUCCUUCAUGGGCACCUGCUCCUACAUUCUGGUGAAUACGACCGGCAAAGAUCAAUCCCUGCCUCAGUUCAGCAUCCUGACCAAGAACGAGCUGCGCGUCAACUCCAAAGGCUCCUUCCUCAAGUCAGCCAACAUAGACCUGAGUGGUCACAGGAUCACCAUUCUCAGUGGCCAAAGAGGGACAGUGGAGAUUGAUGGCAUUAGGUCUGCCCUCCCUUUGAGUUUGGAGUCUGACAGCAUCAGAAUCACAGAGUCUGGUAUCCAAGGGACCAUCCAGACAGAUGUCGGCCUGAAGAUCACUUUUGACUGGACAGCCUUCUUCAUGGUGACCAUCAGCAGCAGUUACUACGACAACCUCGGUGGUAUCUGUGGCAACUACAAUGGUAACAAAGCAGAUGACUUCACCACUCCCACAGGUGUGCUUUCAGCAAAUACCACGGCGUGGGUGGCAUCCUGGAGUGUUGCCGACGGUGACCCAUUCUGCUGGCACGUCUGUAACAGCAACUGCCCCACAUGCUCAGAUUCAGACCGGGCACUUUACACUGGACCAAAGUACUGUGGUUUGAUGACAGACAGAGGGGGCCCAUUUGAACAGUGUCAUAAGAAAGUGCCGGUGAAGGAGUUUGCCUCAAAAUGCCUCUAUGAUGUGUGUCUGAAUAAGGGUCGACAGGAGGUGUUGUGUGAGACCUUGGCUAACUACGUGGCCGAAUGUCAGCAGGCUGGGGCUGUUGUCUCACCACUGUGGAGAAAGGCCUCCAACUGCCCCCUGGACUGCCCAUACCACAGCCACUAUGAGCUAUGUGGCACAGCCUGCCCUGCUACCUGUGCCGAUCCCAAUGUCCCAUAGAUCUGUUCCAAAGUCUGUGUGGAGGGCUGCCUGUGCAACAAGGGUUACAUGCUCAGCGGUGAACAAUGUGUCAUCAAGGUGUCAGGGUGUGGCUGAAUGAAAAACUCCUGAACAAAUACGUAAAACCUGUACAUAUCAAGUUUGGAGGCUUAAUUUUCAACUAAACUCUCAUGGCUCCAAAAUAUCCUUUAAAAAUUCAAAUGUUCCUUCCAUGUCCUGGUUGUAGGCUAGAGCAUUUCGACAUAAAAUCGUAAAAGUACCUUAAAAUGACUUUCUGUAUUUGAUAACAUAUUCCAAACUAUAUAAUGUUGUGAGGGAUUAUUCAUGCAUGGAAUUGUUAUUGAACUCUAUAUUCAUUAAAAUUAAAAUAUAA